AUGAGCUGGACGAGUGUUUUCUCUCGCCAACCCCGUGAGCCCGGAUCUUCCGGUAGCUCAAGGGUGUUCAUCUACCUAGGACUGGCAGUCAUCUCCCUACUACUCUCUUAUCAGCUGGUUCUGAAUCACGACUCGCUGGGUUCGAUCGCUUCGUGGAAAGUCGGGUCCCAGGCGUCGGGCGCGUACGACCCUGAUGCCGAUUAUGAUGGGGAUGGAUGGGCUGCUGCUGCUAUGAAUGGGUCGCAGACGUCAAAGACUACGAAUUCCGUGCAACAAUCAGUGCCGAUUCCCGCAUAUACUUCUACGCCGGCUACGCCCGCGCCGAUUUCAACGCCGACAAUGCGCCCGGUUGAGAAGGAGCUUGUCAUUGCUGCUAUGAAGAAGAGUGAUAUGUCCUGGGUGGAGCAAAAUGUUCCUGCAGAUUGGAUUACUAAUAUUUAUCGGGCUGAUGCGGCGGAGGGCGAAGCCGAAUUCACGGUUCCGGAUAAUAAAGGGAAUGAGGCUAUGGUCUACUUAACACACAUAAUUGAUCGAUAUGAUACCCUCCCAGACGUAAAUGUCUUCCUACACGGCGGUCGAUAUCAAUGGCACAACGAUAACCCAUUAUAUGACUCCGUCAUUUCAAUAAAAGAUCUCCAACUAAACCACGUCCGCAAUGCCGGGUACGUGAACCUUCGCUGCACAUGGAUAAUCGGCUGCCCAGCCGAACUCGAACCCGCCCGCUACCUUCGCGAACGACCCGACGAUCCGGGACAUCCAACCGCCGUGGAAUUUCCCGAUAGCUUCAUGGCGCUCUUUCCCGGAGAGCCGGUGCCCGAUAUCAUCGGUGUGCCGUGUUGUAGUCAGUUUGCGGUCUCGCGAGAGGCGAUUCGUGCGCGGGGGAAGGAGGAGUAUGUACGCAUGCGAGAUUGGUUGCUCAAUUCGCCGCUUGAUGCUAGUACUAGUGGGAGGAUUUUUGAAUAUUCUUGGCAUAUAAUGUUUGGGAAGACGGCGCAGUACUGUCUUGAUGCUGCUGAGUGUUAUUGUAAUACCUAUGGGUAUUGUAAUAUGACCGAUGCUGAUCUGCAGAAUCAGUGGGUGUGGAAGGGAAUGGUCCUUCCGGAGGGAUGGCCUGAGAAAGGAUGGCCGGAGGAAUAA